UCGUGUGUUUUAUUUACUCAAACAUUAAACUAGUGAUAUCAAAAAGAUUAACCUGGGUAUUGAUAAUUUCUCUCCAUGCUUAAGAUAACUGUUUUGAAGGUUGAGAUUGAUUGUCUCAAAUGCAAAAAGAGGCUCAUCAAAGCUGUUUCAUCUCUUCGAGGCAUAGAUGAAAUACAAGCGGAUGAAGAAAAUGGAGUAUUGACUAUAAUAGGGAAUGCAGAUCCAUAUGACAUAAUAGUUCGAAUAAGAAAAGCUGGGAAAAGUGCUCAUAUUCUAAGUAUUGGGCCUCUUUCUGUCCCAGAUCCUCGAAAGUCGGAUUCUCCAGAGAAGUCUGAAGAAGAGGAAAAACCCGAAGAAAAGCCUGAAGAAAAACCUGAAGAAAAACCUGAAGAAAAGCCUGAAGAAGUCCAAGAGCCCGAAGAAAAACCGGAAGAAAAGCCUGAAGAAACUACAAAGCCGGAAGAAAAACCUGAAGAAAAGCCGGAAGAAAAACCCGAAGAAAAACCUGAAGAAAAACCCGAAGAAAAGCAUGAAGAAAAGAGUGUGUCGGAAGAAAAUAAUAAACCCGAACCAACGAGUUCGGAUCCGGUGAAUCCGAAUCAAAUAUCUAAUAUGCCGCCCUAUAUGAUAAUGCCUCCUCCACACUACUACCCACAAUACUACCCAAUGCCUCCUCAUUACUACUACCCACAACACUACCAGGCCCAACCCCCACCAACACCUCCAACGCCUCCUCAGUACUCCUACCCACAAUACCACGAGGCCCAACCCUCACCAACGCCUCCUCAGUACUCCUACCCACAAUACCACCAGGCCCAACCACUUGCUGUGCUACAUAUGGCUAAGUGGGAUGAGCCCGAUACAUCUUGCACUAUAUUGUGAUGUUUUUUAUGAGACACUUUGGAUGACAAUUUCAUUUUUUUAGAGUUAAAUAAUGUUUUCUUUAAAAUAAAAUAAGAGAGUUUUGAUUUUGGUUAGAGCAGCUCCAGUGAUAACUCUCUGGACUUGUUCGCCAGCAUGGCCCCCUCUUUUUCUACAAAAUUACUACUGGAGCUCAGCCAACAUGGCGCUAAGUUGCAUACGGAAGCAACAAAAUGUAACAUGAAGCAACG